AUGGAAGAUGAUAGGCGCCAGCCUACCAUCGAUAAACCGUCCAUCACCAAAGUGACUCGGAAGAAGUUUGCAAAGCCGCCGGUGAAGGUCGCCUGUCUCUCUUGUCGAGCAUCAAGAAUCAGAUGCGAUGGAAAGGAUCCAUGCUCCUGCUGCGCCCUCAAGGGGAAAGAAUGCUCCUAUUUACCAAGCAAACGAGGAGGCCCUCGGAAGAAGAGGGUAGAACCUCCCUCGUCGGUAGGCGAUGCCAUGCAGAGCAGGCUCUGGGCUACAGUCCAUCCGAUUCCUCGAAUAGACGAAGAAAUAUUCACCCAGGUAGACGACCUCGCCGUUCCUGGAGCCGGUCUAAAACACCUUGACUUCCCGGUCGACGUGCAGUCCAUGUUUGAAGGUCUCUUCGUGCCUCCUCAGCAACAGGCUCCGGCCCAUCCCACAGCUGCUCACCCUCCGGUUCCAGCCCCCGAGCCGCCAAGGGUAAGAUUAUACGGAAGCGAACAAGAUAUAUUGAAUGCUUAUUAUAUUUAUAUUCACUAUUACUUCCCAAUCUUCCCCCCACCUCAUGUACCAAUCACGGUUGACCGUCCCCUGAAUACACCAACCAAGGCCCCAGUCACCCCUACAUCAGAUCCUGUGCUUCCCUACAGGCCAAAGUCCCCCGUCACUCUGGCUAUCUCUGCAGUUCUAGCAUUGAUACCUCACCAGCGAGACCCAAACUCCUUCUCGCCGGAAUCUGUGCUCCUUCGAAGGGCUUACGCACAUGCUUUUGCCCGAGAGGCCGUUGCCAGCAUCGAAGCAGAGUCAGACCUUCAAGAGUCCGGAACCAGCCCGUCAGAGGCACUCGCUCAUAAUUCAACCGUUCCAGCCCGACUGAUGGUUCACCCACUGACCCCGAUAGACCUGGAAGGUAUCCUUGCCCUUCUUGUUUUAAGUAUAUACGAGUAUACUCAAAGGGGAAACUUGAUCAAAAUGCGACAUAGAGCGGGCCAAGCGUAUAUUAUGGCGAUGAAUCUCUCACUUCAUGCGAUCACGCGUGAUGAUAGCCCCUUCGCCGAGGCUAGGAGAAGGGCUUGGUGGAUGACUUUUUAUUGCGUCUGUCAGGGCUCCAUUGUGGGCACAGUGAUUCUAGAGUACUUCUACCCCCAUUACCCUAUGACACUUCUCGAAGAACAGUUCGAGCUAAUUCUCUAUUGCUCUCAGGCAUGGUCUAUUUUAAUUCAAGCACAGCAGGCGCUGGUCGCCGCCACUCAGUACAUCAUUGAUUUUAACCAAGCAUUAAGGGCAAAGACAAACCUGGCCGUCAUUUUUGAAAGAAUGGGUAAACUCACCGCUUGGACUUCGUCUAUACUGGCCCAAGCAGAUGCACCACUCCAAGACUCCGGGGUUCCGGCUUCUCAGGAUAUAGAGAGCGUCACAGCCCAAAGUAUUCGAUACAUUUCCCGGAUUAAACUGUGCAGUGCACGAAUCAAGACGCACAGAUUCCGCGCUUUUCUCGACAUACCGAUAUUCAUCAAGAAACACUGUGAUUUGACUUGCGCAAGCAUAGGCAGUCCAAGCAUGGAGAGCACCUCAAGCGUACCAGAAUUCCAAGAUAUAAGGCCUCUGGUAUGCUGUACCAAUAACUUCAACCAACUUCAAGGAGCCCCUCCAAUCAACCAGCUAGAGAGCCCCAUCUCAUCCAGCUCGCCCAUAUCCGACACGUCUGGCUCCCAAUGGAUACCCGAGGAUUCAUUUCCCUUUUCGAAUUAUACCUCAACUAGCAUAUGUCUGGAGGCCGCCCUUUCUAUUGCGCAGAUGUUCGACAGCCUGCCGUAUCCCAGACCAACAUACGACAAAGAGUAUUCUUCGUUGGAGUUUCCGUCAAUUGUCCCUCGAACAAUGCCGUCGUUUGCCUGUUGCGCCAUGCAGAGCAGUUACGCAAUGCUCAUGCUCUAUUAUAAAUCCCGUGCAAUCACUCCAGGGACUGUUGACAGCCCACUGAGCGACAUAGACCAGCUUAGUGAGGAACUACAGCAUGGGCUCGAGUGCGUUAUCGGUGCUGUACGAAAUUACUCUAUGGCAUUUGAAGCACUAGGUGGAAUGAGAGAUGAAAUCGAAGGAGCAUUUCUCACGGCGUUUCCUCAAGAAUAA